AUGUGUUUAGAUCACGAAGAGCCCUGUGGUCCCAGUCACAGGUCAUUUUGCCUGAAUGGAGGGAUUUGUUAUGUGGUACCUACUAUUCCCAGCCCAUUUUGUAGAUGCAUUGAAAAUUAUACAGGAGCUCGUUGUGAAGAAGUUUUUCUCCCAAGCUCCAGCAUCCAAACUAAAAGUGACCUGUUUGCAGCUUUUGUGGCAUUGACCCUUCUUCUAGGAACUCUUAUCAUUGGAGCCCUCUACUUCCUUUUCAGGAAGGGCCACCUUCAGAGGGCCAAUUCUGUCCAGUAUGAUAUAAACCUGGUAGAGACAAGCAGUACUGGUGCCCACCACAGUUUUCAAGACACUGGACAUCAGGAAACAAAGGAUCAUGAUCCCUGAGAGAUGGGAAACAGAAGAGGAUUUUCAUUAAGCAGCCUCCUAUCCAGUUUCUACAAGUGAAAAUCAAGUCAGUCAUCUAAAAAUCUCACAAUUUCCAAACAAGAGGAUUUAGAGUCUUCUGUUUCCAUUAAAACUGAAUUUAUGGAGGUGAUAAUCUGGGUUAGAUUGUGUGGGAACAAAAUGACAAAGACAGUUUCAUUUUUUUCUCAAAAAAUUCUAUAGAAUGCAUAGAAAAUUUUCAGAUUUGUUAAAGUUUUACAUUCUUUGCAUGUUCAAUGUGUUAAACUUGCAAUAUAAAUCAUUGGCAAAGCUUUUGCUAUCUGGCCUCUUUUACAAAUUUGAGAAAUUGCUGUCUGCUCAUGAUCCAUUUUUAGGCAAAGUUGAGAGAACUGUAAGUGGUGAAGUGGCCUACUGAAUGCCCUUCUUUAGAUAGGUCACAGUAGAUUAUUAUGUCAUUAUGUGUAGUGUGUCUAUUUCUAAGUUUUAAUCCCAAGGUCUGCCUUCCCUCCUUUUACUUAGAUGGCUUGUGAGGAGUUUAGUUCUACUUGCAUAAAGGGAAUGGAAAUGUAAUUUCUUGAAGUAGACUUUUACAGAGCAAAUUACAGCAGGACUGUGCUGUGAAAGCAUAAAAAGGAAGUAUUUUAAGUGUCUUGCUUAAACCAUCCUGUCUGAUCAUCACUUGAGAGAAGGCAGUUCAGUGUAUGAAGACACUUUAAGAAUAUAAUCUUUCCUUCUCUUGUGCUCUUUUCUCACAUAUGAUCUGUUCUCCAGUUUCAUAAAUGAGUAUAUAAAAGUUGCCAUUUCUAGGAAUUUAGUAUGUUUUUAGCUGAAAAAAUUAUCCUUUAAUUCUUGCUUUUGUUUAACACAGGUCUUCAAAAUUGUAAUUACUUCAUCUUAACUUUAAAUUCCUGUUCCUUUCCAUGCAACAUCAAGACUUCUAGAGGCAGGGUAGAUGGCUUUUGUUUUCAUCAAUACUACAGUUGUUUCUAUUGAGUCAGUUUCUCCCCUUUCUGUUCUGCACCAAGAUCACAACCUUGUGGUCAAAUGAAUUUACAUAACAAGCCCCCAAAGCUCAGAUAUACAAAGGGACCCUAUAACCUCAAAUAUCGUAUUGAAACGAUCCUACAGCAGACUCGCCUUUGGGAAGUAGUAAAAUGUUUUGUAGGAGUACUGAUUUGAAAAAUAAAAUAAUCCAUUCAAUCAU